CGCUCUAGGGUUAUCACCCCACUUGCACUGACUCUCUCCCUCUGUCUAUUUCUGUCAUCCCGUCUCUUUUGCCAACACUCUAACCUACUUCCACACCAUCAUGGCCGACAGAACCAGCCGGUUAGGUGUUCGUAGGAAGGAGAAAACUCCAGAAACCAAAGCAAACGAGGAGAAGGAUAAGGCCAAGGAGAAAACUGUAAAAAACCCAGACAAACCUGGUAAAAAGCAAGAGAAGACCCCAGAGCCGCAGAAGACAGAUGAGAAGAAGACAAAUGGUGAAAGUGAAGGGGCAACAGGAGCGGCAGCAAAUAACAGUGAGGAUAAUGGAGAGUUUCAGCCCAUAGAGCUGCCUCCUUUUGAGAUUGUCACUGGGGAGCGGAUGAGCCCGUUCUACUUUAAGUUUCAAUUCAGGAAUGUGGAGUAUUCAUCGGGCAGGAACAAAACGUUCCUGUGUUUCAGAGUGGACACAGCAGAAGGCAGCAGCACAGAGCCCCUGAAAGGCUACAUGGAGGAUGAACAUGCCACAGCCCACGCUGAGGAGGCCUUCUUUCAACAGGUUCUCCCAAACUCCUCCAAGGAAUAUGACGUGACAUGGUACGUAUCAUCCAGUCCCUGUGCAGCUUGUGCAGUCAAGCUGGCCAACAUCCUCCAGCAGCGCAAGAAGCUUCGCCUUUCCAUAUUCUGCUCCCGUCUCUUCGAGUGGGAAGAGCCAGAGAUAGUGGAAGGCCUGAAGGCUCUGGUGCAGGCCGGCUGCAAGCUGAGGAUGAUGAAGCCCAUUGACUUCCUUCAUGUUUGGGAAAUAUAUGUGGAACAGGAGGGUGAGACCUUUACACCGUGGGAGGAUUGCCAGGAGAACUACGAGUACUACGUGGAGAGACUGACUGAUAUCCUCAAGUAGAUGUCCAGCCUGACUGAACCACAAACAGCCAGCUUUUGACAUUAUCACUGUUUGGUUUUUUCUUUUUCUUUUUUGCUGUCACGUCUCAUGCGGCAGAUCAUUUUUUAACUGAAUGAGCACUUGUGACAACAUUUUAUACUUUUAUUUUUAAAAAUUAAUACAUGAAGGUGCAAAAUUUUGAGAUGAAUAUAUCAAACAAUAUGCAACCAGUCACUUUUUUAAGAACAAAUCAAUUAAAUUCAGUUAUGAACCAUUUACAAUAUGAAAAACAAAACUGGAAGAAGUUAUGCUGACAUCCGGUGUCUGUUUGGAGAACUGAAGCACGAACCAAAUGAUAAACAAAGAUGCACUAAAAAUAUUCACAACUCUAAAAUAAAUGUGUUUUACCAGGUUA